AUGGCUGAGUACAAGCUAGAGAUGACAACCGGUGACAUGCCAUAUGCAGGAACAUCAGACUACGUUUAUGUCACCUUAUUUGGAACUGAAGGGAAGAGUGAGCGAACUUUGAUGGACAACUAUGGCAUCGACUUUCAAAGAGGGGCAACAGGGAGCUACACCGUGAAAACCAGUUUUUCUCUGGGCAAACUUCUGCUGGUUAAGGUUGAGAAGGUCCAGUAUUUAUAUCUCCCAGAAGAUGAGUGGUACUUCUCCAAAAUGGUGGUGACGACUCCCGAAGGAGAUGUCAUUCUGUACCCCUGUUACAGAUGGAUUGGCAGGGGAGAACCGGUGGAGCUGAGAGGAGGGAGAGCAAUGAAAGCUUUUGAGGAUAAUCAUCCCCUGUUGAUUGACCACCGAAAGAAAGAGCUGAUGCUUAAAAGGAACUUCUACCAAUGGAAGAUUAUGGAUGAAGGACUAUCCCACAUCAACAGUUUCAAUGACGUGUCUGAGCUCCCAGCUGAAAUCCGCUUCUCUGAUUCCAGAGCAGCUGAUAUCCUUUACUCAAAAGCUAAAACUGGUAUUGAACUCAAGGUCAAGGGGCUGUAUGGAUCUACUGCACAAUGGGAGACCAUUGAAGACAUAAAAAAGAUAUUCUGGUAUAAAAAGACAACAAUGUCAGAGUAUGUUGCUGAGCACUGGACAGAAGAUGACUUUUAUGGUUAUCAGUUUCUGAAUGGAGUCAACCCCGGUGUUAUAAAGCGCUGCUCAGAGCUUCCCACAAACUUUCCGGUCACAGAGGAGAUGGUGAAGCCUUUCCUGGAAGAGGGAAGCUCUCUGCAGAAGGAAAUGGAGAAAGGCAAUAUGUUCCUUUAUGACCAGAAGAAGAUGGAUGGAAUUCCCCCUCGAGUCUAUAAUAGUGAACCUCUGCAUGUGACUGCUGGUCUCUGUUUGUUCUACUCGAACUGGGAAAACAAACUGAUGCCAAUUGCAAUACAGUUGAAUCAACAACCAUCUGAGAAGAACCCCAUCUUCCUGCCCAGUGACCCAGAAACUGACUGGUUGCUAGCCAAGAUGUUCAUUAAAAAUGCAGAUUGCAUGGAUCAUGAAUCAGUCCAUCACCUCGUGAGAACUCACUUUCUGGCAGAGGUCUUCGCUGUUGCAGCUCUCCGCAGAUUCCCCGCGAUUCACCCCUUUUACAAGCUGCUGUUUCCACACUUCCGGCACACUCUUCACAUAAACACUAGAGCCCGCGUAAGUCUCUUAGGACCUGAUGGGGCUUUAAGUAAAAGUUCACUUGGAUUUGAUGGACUACUGGAGGUUAUGAGAAGGGCUGUCUCUGAAAUGACCUACAGUUCUCUCUGUCUGCCGGAGAAAAUCGCUGCACAAGGACUGGAGUCCAUCCCAAACUUUUACUACAGAGAUGAUGGCCUGAAGCUGUGGAACAUCAUCAACAGCUUUGUGAAGGCAGUAGUGGAGCACUAUUAUCCCUCAGACAGUGAGGUGCAUAAAGACACUGAGCUGCAGGAAUGGAUCAGUGAGAUCUUCACACGUGGCUUCUUAGGAAACAAAGACUUAGGAAUUCCAGCAGCCUUUUAUUCUGUAGAGGAAGUGGUCAAGUUCACAACCAUGGUGAUCUUCACAACGACGGUUCAACAUGCUGCCGUAAACAGUGGGCAGUAUGACUUCCUCGCCUGGGCCCCCAACGGCACGCUCCUCCUGCGCAAACCUCCUCCAACCACUAAGGGGCAGUCAAGCAUGAAGACAGUCCUGGAGACCCUCCCGGAUGUUGGUGAUACAGUCAGCUUUGCAGCAUUGACUUGGUUGCUUUCAGACAGAUACACAGACUAUAUUCCCUUGGGUAGAUACCCAGAUGAACGAUUUGAUGAGCCUGAGCCUAAGCAGAUGAUAAAGGAAUUCCAAGCAGAAUUGUCGUACCUCAGUGAAGCAAUAAAAGCAAGAAACUCACAUCUUGAACUGCCCUACACAUACCUGGACCCUGUGGAGAUAGAGAACAGUGUUUCUAUCUAA